AUGUAAUUCUUGAGUUCGAUUCUAGCGUUGCAAGAUGACACAACAGUCAUCGGAAAAUGGUGUGUGCUUUGCAUUGAAAUAAGUUCGAUUGUUCGCUCCUCUCCCAUAAUCGGGUUUUUCAAUUUAAAACAACACCCAAACCGACCAGUGCAAUCACUCCCACCUUCACAAAAACUGUACAGCGCUUGUGUUUUCAAAAGUGAAAGUAUUUAAUUGUAAUUUGAUUGAAAUGGUCGAUACUCACCUUUUGUCAUCUUAGUUAACGUAUAUAUUUUGACUACACCGGUGUUAUUGCCCUCGGUCAUUCGGGCCAAAGUUUAAGCGAAUUUUCACUUGUGUAUCUGUAAGCCACUUUUUGGCUUUAACUCAUCUCUAUAUACAAAUGUAUAUUAAUAUAAUUAUUGAUUAAAUAAACUGCUGACCAAAGUGUGUGCAAAUAUUGUGCAGCCGUGCAAAAACAUUUGGUUUCUGUAUCCAAAUAGUAUAUUAAGUAGUAUACCAUUACCGCGGACAGAAUGGAUUUUACGAAAUUCAUGAAUAAGUUUAAUGAAGUUGAACGCUCUCUUUCACCAACAUCUUCAUUACGUCUAAACUUUGACAACAUCUCGCCGGAAACUGAAGAACCAGAGGAGAAUAAACGCAUCUGGGGUGUGCCCGUACCACCUUUUGUAUCCGAGAAAGUCGUCUCGUGGAUUGAGGAAGAGUUUAAUGAGCCGCCUAUAUAUUACAAUGGCAAUGCAGUGAUUCGAAAGGUGGAAAAUGUGCGAAUGAUCGAUCGAUAUAAUGCCAAAAAUCCCACCGUCGGCACCCUCUACUUGACGGCAACUCAUUUGAUUUUUGUCGAACCGGAUAGCAAUAAAGAAACAUGGAUUUUACAUAUGCACAUUGCGAACAUUGAAAAAUUACCCUUGAGUACGACAGGUUCACCGCUAUUGAUACGUUGCAAAACUUUCCUAUCGGUGACAUUUGUAAUUCCAAAGGAUUCUGAGUGUCACGAUGUAUACACAUCAUUAACGAAGCUCUAUCAACCCGUUUCCAUUAACAAGUUAUACUGCUUCAACUAUCAGCCAGCCAAAGAUGAUUUUCCAAAGACAUCAGGCUGGGAUUUCUUCAAAUUGGAAAGCGAAUUCAAGCGUAUGCGAGUGCCGAACGAAAUUUGGACAUUGUGCACAUUGAAUAUGAACUAUGAGUUAUGUGACACGUACCCACGGCAUGUUUACGUGCCACAGGAGGCCAACACAGCCAUGUUGAUCGGCAGUUCCCGUUUUCGCUCCAAAGGUCGUUUACCGGCACUUACUUAUUUGCACUCGAAUAAGGCUUCCAUUUGUCGCUGCAGCCAGCCGCUGUCGGGUUUCAGUGCACGCUGUUUGGAAGAUGAACAGAUGCUGGAGGCGAUUCGUAAAACAAAUCCAAACACCGACUAUAUGUACGUUGUGGACACUCGACCCCGGAUAAACGCAAUGGCUAAUCGUGCCGCUGGAAAAGGCUACGAAAACGAAGCUUUUUAUGAGAACAUCAAAUUUCACUUUCUCGGCAUUGAAAACAUACAUGUACAGCGAAGCAGCUUACAGAAAUUGAUUGAGGCUUGUGAACAGAAGACACCCACCAUGAGCGGCUUUCUUAAUUCUUUGGAAUCAUCUGGUUGGUUAAAAAAUAUUCGCUCUAUUUUGGAUACCUCCAGCUUUAUUGCGAACGCGGUCGAUAAAGGUGUCUCGGUUGUAGUUCACUGUUCGGACGGAUGGGAUCGUACAGCACAGGUUUGCUCAUUAGCUGCGUUGAUGUUGGAUCCUUAUUACAGAACCAUUAAGGGGUUUCAAGCUCUAAUUGAAAAAGACUGGCUAGCAUUUGGACAUAAAUUCAGCGAGCGCUGUGGUCAUGUGCAAACUGAUCCGCGUGAGGUCUCACCUAUUUUCACACAAUUUCUGGAUUGCACUUGGCAACUAAUGAACCAACGUAGUGAUGCUUUUGAGUUCAACGAACGCUUCCUGCUUAUCCUACACGAUCAUGUGCACUCGUGCCAGUUUGGAACAUUUGUGGGCAAUUGCGAGAAGGAUCGCCUGGACUUGAAACUAUCAGAACGCACAUUUUCUCUAUGGGGCUUCAUGGCUAAUCAUUUGAACGAAUAUAUUAAUCCACUGUACAAACCUGAUGUCGAUAAAACUAUUAAGCCCAAUCUGCAACCGCAAUGCAUUAAAUUCUGGCGCGGCAUGUUCAGUCGUUUUGAAAGUGGCGUACAUCCACGUGAACCGCUUAGCGACUUGCUGCUUGUGAGCAAGGAUCACUGUACUUCAUUGGAGGAUCACGUGCAGCAUUUAACAAAGCGGAUUGCAAGCUUCAAAAACUAUAUUUCCAAAUCCGCAAGGAAAUUGCAAGAUGCCACAGCUAAAUCCUAUAAGGAGCCCGUUUCGGAGAUCAAUGACAACAAGUACAAUUACGACAAGAAGAUGAGCGAACUAUCCUCAGCUGAUGAUGAUCAUCCGCUUAAGCCAGCCGGCAUGUCUUUUGCAAAUCUUUCGUUGAAUGAACGCAUUGACUCCACGAACAUUAAGGAGGAGAUAAAUUCCGUGGCUGUGGACUGGAAAUCAAUGCGCAGCGUGACGGCCUGCUCAUGCUCAACGCCAUUCGAUCAGUUCAGUAAGAAGACCCAUUGCUGGAAGUGUGGCGAUAUCUUUUGUGAACGCUGUAUUGACAAGAGCAUACCAUUGCCCGGGCAGGACAGCGGGAAGCCGGUGCCGGUGUGUCGUACUUGCUUUCGGCUUGUUCAAAAGUCCAGCCCAUGAACUCUCAACGGCGCGUGAAGCUCAGUUUACCACUAAAGCGAGCAUAAAAUAAGUAUAUAGAAAUCCUCGGGUGUGUUUUGUGUAGUGAAUGUUGCUUAUAUAUUCGAGACUUUUGUGUGUAGCUUAGUAGGAGUGCAUGUUUGUAAAGAUACAAUAUUUGAGCAUUAGGCAAUUCAGUCGUAAGCAAGACGUGAAAGUACAAGCUUAUUUAAACUACAACAUAAAGUUGUAAAAAAAACAUGGUGAGGAAUGUGGUACUAAGCAGCGCAAAUACUGUUAGAAUUGAAGAAAAAUGGCUAAAAAGCACAUUUGAAUUUCAAAGUUUGUUGCAUUUCUAGAUUAUCGCAAUAAAAUAUAUAAAUCAAAAUUAGAAAAACUAUUUGCAAACAACCAUUCUCUGUUAAACGUUCGACUAAAAGUUCCAAUAUAUGUAUAUAUACAUUUAUAUAUAUAUCUAUUAUACAUUAUAUAAAAUAUAUAUAUAACCGAAAAACACCAUAACACACCCUAUUACCAAAAAAAGAUAAGAAUGUGUGAACUUUAGAAAUAAGAACCCAAGUGCUCUCUAUCUCCAAUACUAAAAAUUGUAUGUAAAAUUAAUGUAUUGCCAGUUUAAUACGUUGGUUUCUAUGAGAGGCUGAUUUCAAAGCGUUUUAUAGUUAGUUUUUCUGUCUUCCAGUAUCAUCCGAACAUAAAUGGAGAUUUUCUGUACUGAAAAAUAUGAAAUUUUAGAAUAUUCAUAUAAACAUCUUCGGCAUUCCUGCAACUAUGCGAAAAUCAGCGCUCAACAUAACUGAAAUCUGAUUUUCUUUUUAUAAAAUUUCGAAUGUUUCAAAUUCUCACCUUGAAAGAGUUUAACCAACACCAGCAUAAUCAAAAGUGCACAAUUUUGUUAAUGAC